AUGAGCGCCCUCCCUCCAGCACAUCCUCCCCGCACACCCUCCUGUCACGUUCUCCGCGCGCGCUCGCCCAGCACACCCUCCCGGAUCAUCCUCCCCGCACAGCCUCCUGUCACGUCCUCUCCGCGCGGUCUCCCGGCACAUCCUCCCGAAGCAUCCUCCCCGAGCACCCUCCUGUCACGUCCUCCGCGCGCGCUCUCUCAGCACACCCUCCCGGAACAUCCUCCCCGCACUUCCUCUGCGCGCGCGCCCUCCCCGCACACCCUCCUGUCACUUCCUCCGCGCGCGGUCUCCCCGCACCUCCUCCCGGGGCAUCCACCCCGCACACCCUCGGAGAACGUCCUCCCCGCGCUCGCUCCGCGCACUCGCCCCGCGUGCGCUCUCCCGGCACAGCGUACCCGCGCACCUUCCCCGCUGGUGGCCCCGCGUCCCCGCACCGAGUCGCCUCACCGGCAGGUUGAUUCCCGAAAACUAAACUUCGGCCACGGAGGCUCCCCGCGCAGAGACUGCCCGAACUGUGCCAGGAGGCACUGGGGAGCUGGUAGAGUCAGGCCUCCCGGGGGUCCCCGCCCGCCGGCCCGCAGCUCCUCCCAUCCGGGCGCCCCCGCCCACCCCCGUCGGGUUUCCUGCUGCGCAGCGGGCGACGGCGAGUGA